AAUAAUAAAAAUAAUAUAAAAAAAAAAGAAAAAUAAAAUAAAAAUACUAUUCAAAAUGUCAUUUUUUAACGAUUUCUUCUUUAAUGAUUUUUUCCGACAUGGAUUUUUUGACGACUAGUAUAGAAAUAUAGCUCAUCAUUAUCAUUCAAUAAAUAGGCCUAAAUAUCUUGAAAACAGACUUAAAUAAUAUAAUAAUUAUGAAUAAAGGUUAUAAAGAUAAAUCUAAUAAACUGAAGAACAUAUAUCCAGUUUAAAAUAACAAAUGGAAGAUAUUGCUAAAGACAAAGAAUCUUUGAUUAAUCAAAUUGAAUAAGAAAAACACAAUCCUUAAUGUUAAAAAAAUUCAUAGUAGUAGCCUGGAUAAUAAUAAUAUAAUCAAUAAGUUUAUAGGAAACACUACUAUAAAACUCCUGAAAUGGAAAUAGAAGAAUAAUAUGAUAGUACAAACCCUCAAAACUGUUAUAAAUAUAUUAAAAAAUAAGGUGAAUAACCAUAACUUAUUUCUGGAGAUGCUGAAAGAAUAGAACAUGAAAAACUUGGAGAAGGACUAGAUGAAAAACUUGAUUAACUUAUUAGAAUUACUGGAAAAAAUACAAAAGAAUUGGUUGAUUUAGUUAAAAAUAAAAAAGAAUUAACUGUUGGAUAAUUAUAUGAUUAAGCUGUUGAACUAAAAAUAGUUUGA